AUGGCACUGUCAUUUACCGAUCCGCUAGUAGAACUACAGUCCGUUUCAUUCCAAUAUCCACCACAUAAUCUCACAGCGAUACAAGGGGUCGUGGCCCAAGGAAGGAUUUAUGAUAUAACUUUUCAACUUAAUAGCGGCGAUCGGGUACUGGUAGUUGGACACAAUGGAAGUGGGAAAUCAACACUUCUUUCUGUUGUCGGUGGACGUCGUAAGGCAGCACAAGGUAAGAUUACGGUUCUUGGUACUGAUGCAUUUGAAGACACAAGAGUUCAACAACAUGUCUCUCUUAUCGCGGACCCAUGGCCGCCAGAAGCUUUUUUUGGCACAACUGUCGACAAACUGGCUUCUCCUGCCCAGCAACAGGAGCGCAAGGAACGCAUUGCCAGAAUUCUACACCUUUCGUUGCAACGGUCUGUAGAGCAUAUGAGUACUGGGGAAAAGCGUCGGGUACAAAUUCUACACGGCAUGCUUGGGAAGAGUGCGGUGUAUUUGCUUGAUGAAUGUAGCACUGAUGUCGAUGUCGCGGAGAGGAAAGCGGUGCUUGAUCUGAUACAAGCGGAGUGUAUUGCAGAAAGCAGCUGCUGCAUGUAUGCCACUCAUAUCUUUGAUGGUGUUGGUGAUUGGGCGACGCAUAUUAUGCUUAUGCGUAACGGCACCAUCGUUGAAUUCAAGAAAAUAUCUGAGGUCACAGAACCACUAGAGUCUUUCACGUAUAAAUUUUUAUCGAGGUCGCAUGGAAAGUCGCUGAGUUUAACAUCGCUUCCAGGUGUCGAAGGCGAAACGAACGGAGCGAGCAAUAUGGCCAAGGCGGAAGAAGCCAAGGUCUAUAACUCUGCUGCUUCGAUUGAGACAAAAGAAGCCGUUAUUGUUUGUGAGGGUCUUAAGUUCAGGGAUUUGUUUGAUGGCCUUUCAUUUAAAGUCUACCGCGGGGAGCGAAUGUUGUUGUGUGGUUGCAAUGGUGUUGGCAAAAGCACACUGCUCAAUAUGAUGGGUGGUUCACAGUACUUUAACAAUACCGAUGGGGCACUUCGAAUCCUCGGUAAGGUCUGCUUUGAGGAUAUGUCACUAAAUGCUUCCAUCGCAUUAGCUGGAAACUGGUGGGCAUCUGCUCCCCCAUGUGAAGUUUAUGUGCGAGAAAUGGUUGACCUUAAUACGCCGCGUGCAAAGCAUCUGUGCGAGCUGCUUGCUGUCAAUUUAAAUUGGGACGUGCGUUACCUUUCUGCUGGUGAGCUAAAACGGGUGCAGUUGCUUCUUCGCCUCCAGGAAGAGCGACCCAUCGUUCUGCUUGAUGAAGCAACAUCCAACCUUGACCUCGAUAUGCGCCACGCCCUGCUGUCAUUUCUGUACAGUGAAAGUGUCAAUCGCGGCGUUACAGUAAUUUAUGUUACGCACAUCUUCGGUGGGCUUCAGGAAUGGCCAACAGUUGUUAUGAUGUUGGACCGCAGUCGCCGUGGACUACAUGCCACAUGGGGAAGGAGCGGCGGUAACGUCGAUAAAUGUGGCGUCAGUAUGGACCGCAUUGUAGAGGAACUUAUAAUGCUGAAAUCAAAAGAGCACGUGAACGUAAUCGUGUGA